ACCAGUAGUUCAGCGUACUCAAUUACUCAAGUUUGCUCUAACGGCUAGCCAUUAGUUACUAAUGUCACUAUCCUCGACGUCGACAAUCAAGAACCAGCUCAAUGCUGCUCUGGGGCAGAAGGCCCCAGCCUACUUUGAAACACUCAGCCAGUUUGUUUCUGGCAAGGUAUCCAGGAUAGAAUUUGAUGAAUCCGUUCGCCAGGCGCUGGAUGCUCCGAAUUUAGUCCAGCUACACAACUCCCUUAUCAUCUCGUUAUUCGACUUUACCGUCCACCGUCGACUACCCACACCCCCUCCUGAUGUAUCGAAGCCCCCGCCACGUAAACGUCACCGAACGUUGCCUUACCAAGGCCCGAAUGACAACGAUGAUACUUUGCGAUCGUCUAGACUUAAGCGAUGGACUGUGUCUCUGGGGAAACGCGAACGCGACCGCAUACGAACACUGCAGUCUGUUCCCACCGAACGCCCGAGACCUCGGAAAGAAACUGAUGAGAUAGCAUGUGAUAGAGGGGUGUUGUUGUUAGGCGAGCGCGGAGAUCCGCCUGGCAGUCGCUUGUCAUUAAAUCUUGCAUCGGUCUCAAGAGCUCCGACAUUACAACAUAUCUCGGAUAGAGUCAAUCUCAUAGCAGCACAACAUAACCUUGGCGCACCAUCACGAGCAGUAUCGUCGCUAUUGAUGCUUGCAUUUGAGGCCAAACUAAAGCAACUCAUAACACACGCACUUUCUCUUACUUCGACGUCGCAUGCAAUCGCCUCCAUAACUCCAUCCACACGUCACUCGCAUAGCCGUGUUCUCACUGCAUCGUCUUUCGAUACCCUAUUCACAAUUUCGCCUGCUGUGCUGCCGAAUAAAUCAGCCGCGGCUAUGCGCUUAGCCAUUGGCGACAACGACAUUAUGGAUGAUGAAGAUGUCAUCCUACUAAAGGAUCGGGAGGUCCGAGAUCAGCGAUGGCAGAUACUUGCUCUGCUUGGCGAACGAAGCACAGUCAAUGAAGCCCUUAGGAAUCUCAGAUGACAACCUCUGUUAUUUCAAUUGCUACCCGCUACUUACUACCCAGUCAUCUCACUAGCACAGGACGUGCAUCAAGGACUCGAAGGCCGAAGUCCUUUACGAAUUACGGCAGCACAAUUUACCGGAUAGUGGUCUUGACCAGGGCAUCAUGAGUCAGAUCCUAUCAUCCACAAAUAUAAGCUUUGUUCCCAGCCUGAGGCCUGAGCGCCAUAUAUUUCAGCAUCCACCAACAUCAAUUUUUAUAUCGUUCAAACAGCUUUAAUUAUUCCUUCUAGCUCAUAUAAAAAUGAAAUCUUUGGUAUAUAUUGUCUGCGAAACAUCCAGGCUCGGGGUUGUUUAGUCAGUCACGUUGGAGCUUACCAGGCGAAAUCAAUUUAGGC